AUGGAUGAGGAAGACUGCUGUAUGAAAAAAGAAGCUCAUGGCAGCUUCCACUCGGAGAGCCUUGGAUCCAGCUCUUCAUUCAUGACAGAGGAUGAAGGCCUAGAGGGCAUUGAGAAACAUGGAGAUCUUGGAGACAUGACAUUCUAUAUGACCAAUUACAUUAAAGAUGCCAUGAAGAUGAUGUUCAUCAUGCGUAGCCAUCAUAUGUUAACUGAUGUUAUAUUGGAAGUAGGCUCUGAAUUGUUCUAUGCACACAAAGUCAUUUUGGCUGCUGCUAGUCCAUAUUUUAAGGCAAUGUUUACAGGAGGCCUGAAAGAAUCGGACAUGAACAGGGUGAAAUUACAGGGUGUUUGUCCAACAACCAUGGCACGCUUGAUGUAUUUCAUGUACACUGGUCAAAUAAGAGUGACAGAGAUUACAGUAUGUUCACUUUUAUCAGCAGCUACAAUGUUUCAGGUUAGUAAUGUCAUUGAUGCCUGUUGCGUUUUCUUGGAAAGGCAGUUAGAUCCAACAAAUGCAAUUGGAAUUGCAAACUUUGCCGAACAACAUGGUUGUCAAAAUCUGUAUCAGAAAGCAAAUCAGUUUAUUGUUCAACAUUUCAAUCAGAUAUGUCAGGAAGAAGAGUUCCUGCAGUUAUCUGCAAUACAAUUGAUAGCAUUGGUGAGAAAGGACGAACUGAAUGUGCAGGAGGAGAGGGAAGUGUACAAUGCUGUCCUAAAAUGGGUGAAGUACAAUGAGGAAGCAAGGGGACCCAAAAUGGAACAUAUUUUGCAUGCAGUGAGAUGUCAAUACCUCACACCAAAUUUUUUGAGAGAACAAAUGAAGAACUGUGAUGUGUUGAAGAAGGUACCAGCCUGUAGAGAAUACUUAGCUCAAAUUUUCAAGGAUUUGACACUUCACAAGAAACCAGUGGUGAAAGAAAGAACACCAAACACUACAAGAGUGAUAUACAUAGCUGGUGGUUUUUUGAUACAUUCUUUGGACGUUCUCGAAGGCUACAAUGUCGACGAGAAAACGUGGACUCAACAUGCCAAAUUGAUUGUUCCUAGGUCAGGCUUAGGUGGAGCAUUCCUGAAGGGUAUGUUCUAUGCUGUUGGUGGAAGGAACAACUCACCGGAGUGCAGAUUCGAUAGUGAUUGGGUCGACAGAUACAAUCCUGUCACUGAUCAAUGGAGAUCCUGUAGCCCAAUGUCUGUGCCAAGAAAUCGAGUAGGAGUAGCUGUGAUGGAUGGAUUAUUGUAUGCUGUUGGAGGUAGUGCGGGUGCAGAGUACCAUAACAGUGUCGAGUGUUACGACCCGGAACAUGACAAUUGGACCAAUGUAAAACGAAUGCACGUCAAGAGAUUAGGAGUUGGUGUGGCUGUGGUUAAUAGAUUGCUUUAUGCCAUUGGUGGAUUCGACGGUACAAAUCGACUGAACUCUGUGGAGUGUUACCAUCCUGAGAACGAUGAAUGGACCAUGGUUUCUUCUAUGAAGUGCAGCAGAUCAGGAGCUGGAGUGGCUAAUCUUGGACAACACAUAUACGUUGUGGGAGGAUACGAUGGGAGCAGACAAUUGAACUCUGUGGAAAGAUACGAUACAGAAAGAGACACGUGGGAGUAUGUUAGCAGUGUCACUAUUGCUCGUAGCGCACUCAGUGUGACUGUGCUGGAUGGGAAGUUGUAUGCAAUGGGGGGUUACGAUGGAGAACACUUUUUAAAUAUAGUAGAGAUUUACGAUCCUGUAAAAGACACGUGGAAACAAGGAGUGCCUAUGACCUCGGGAAGAUCAGGUCAUGCUAGUGCUGUGUCUUAUCAUCAUUGUCCAAAUCAUUGUGAUCAUUUGGACCAUAAUAUAUCGCUAGAAAAACCACCAUCGUGAUAUAUGUAAUGAACCGAUGUUAGUUUAGAUAUAUUGGUGUAAAUGCAACUCUUAGCAUGGGAGAAGAAAAAAGAAAUGCAAAGAGGAACAGAAUUAUUUAAGUUGUAAAGUGACGAGCCAGCUUCUCGAUUAUCACAGACUGAUAAUUA